AACUAAUCUGUGAGCAGUAAAAUUGAAAUUUGUUAGAGCAUAGUGAGAUGGCUCAGCCUGUGAUAGAGAAGAAUGUGGUGAGAGUUGGUAGAGAUGGUAGUGGUCAGUAUAAAGGCGUGCAAGAAGCCAUUGAUGCUGUUCCUCUUCACAACACAAAGCGUGUGGUGAUUGAGAUAAUGCCCGGAGUUUAUGAGCAGCCUCUUUAUAUUCCCAAAACGAAAAAUUUCAUUACACUGCUAGGAUUUUGCCCAGAAAAAACCAUAUUCACUUGGAACAACUGUGCUACUCGAAUCACCCAUCCUCAGGAUGAGAAAAUUAUUGGGACUGGAACAUUUGGCUGUGGAAGUGUAAUAGUGGAGGGGACGGAUUUCAUUGCCCAAGGAGUUACAUUCGAAAAUUCUGCACCACAGGGAUCAGGGCAAGCUGUGGCCAUCAGGGUUUCGGCUGAUAGAUGUGCUUUCUAUAAUUGCAGAUUUCUGGGUUGGCAGGACACUGCAUACCUGCAUAGUGGAAAGCAAUAUUUCAGAGACUGCUAUAUUGAAGGGAGUGUUGAUUUCAUUUUUGGGGAUGCAACGGCAUUAUUUGAGCACUGUCAAAUUCACUGUAAGGCCAAUGGAUGGGUUACUGCACAGAGCAGAAGAUCUGCAAAGGAUUCCACAGGAUAUGUCUUCCUCAGAUGUUGCAUCACUGGUAACGGGAACAAAGCUUAUGCAUAUCUGGGACGCCCAUGGCAACCCUUUGCAAGAGUUGUAUUUGCUUACACAUGGAUGGAUGCCUGCAUAAUGCCUGUGGGUUGGCAUAACUGGGGCUUACCAGAAAAGGAAAAAACUGCCUGCUUCUGUGAGUUCAGGUGUUUUGGCCCUGGCAGUGAUGUUUCUGGACGAGUGAAAUGGGCACGGCAAUUGAACGAUGGUGAAAUUGAGAAAUAUGUGACUCGGAGUUUCAUUGAUCCAAACCCAGAUAAAGCCUGGCUGACACAUGACCUGCCCAUUAAAUUGCCAUUAUCAGCAUGAGAACCUACAUUACAGUCAGAUCUUAACUACUUUUCUUAAAUAUGUAAAACAGUAUGGAAACAUGGAUAUCAGACUUGUCAUAAUUUGGCUGUUUCCUGUAAACUUGGUUUUCUGGGUUUUUGGAAACAUGGUAUUUGUGAUAUGACUGGUUACUAAUGUGAACAAUAGUUAUAAAUUACAAAUUUCAGUGAUUAAUAUCAUUUUGAGACAUUUUUUCA